AUGGCUCCGCCAACGCGAGAGGUUGCGUCCCAUGCUCCCGUGCAGCAGUUCGCCAUGCAGCACUUUGAUGCAUUCUCCGACUCGAAAGAGGUGUCACCCAUGAAAAGCCCCAUAAACCUAAGGCACCAUCCUUACAGCCAGAACAACACGGAAGUCCGGCAUCAGCAUAGGAGAAGCUUAGAUCUAGGCGCGGUUGGGGACAAGUUCGGUCUGAGCUGUGAAUACAUGCGCGAGAGAAAAAAGCGUGGGAAAACGUCACGAAAGGACGCGGCUCAGCAAGACCCGGCAGCUAAUGCCCAUUCGCCCCGUGAAUAUUCAUCGGAAGGUCCCUCUCCCACCCAAACGCAGAAUGGCCACGAGUUUCAGUCUGCCGGGAGCCAAGCACCUCCUGCUGAUGGUGGGCCUCGGUUUUCAGGGUCUCAAUCAGGCAGCAUGUCUGCAGUCAGACCUGAAAGGUCAGCCAUUGUUGAUGGGCCCUACCAAUUGACCAGGAAUGAUGGCCUGGCACAGAAUCAAGAGCAGGGUUCUGGAAACCUAUCAUAUCCUCAGUCUUCUAUACGCCAGGGAACAGGGGCUAGUCCGACAGCAAUGUCGUUAAAUGGUUUCAGCCUUGGUCAUGACUAUGACCGCCCUGGUAUCCGUGGAGUCACUCCUUUGACUGGCCCUCAGUCGAACGGACUGUCCAUGAGCCAAAUGCAGCCUCAAAUGCCAUCCCAACAGAGCUUCCAGGGCUUUGGCGAGAACGCAUAUCCACCAAUAAGCCCACCUAGUUUGCAAGCCCCGAGUCCAGGAUUUCGAUUCGGUGCUACGGGCGAAAGUCCGCUCGCCGGAUUUUUCGGCACAUCUCCCAUUGUUGGGUCGCCAGGCUGGCUGAACCUGCCCUCUCCUUCGAACUAUCAAAACCAUCAUCGUCGUCUAAAUUCCAUACACACGUUGAGAUUCCCUGUCCUGAAACCCCUGUUGCCAUACAUAGAGUCCAUAAUACCCGUUUCGCUUGCCUGCGAUCUGCUUGAGCUUUAUUUUACGAGUUCUUCGACUACUCACACGCAUCCUGUUUCACCUUACAUUCUUGGUUAUGUUUUCCGAAAGCAAUCGUUCCUUGAUGGAAAUAGGCCACGCGUAUGCAGUCCAGCGCUUCUUUCAAGUAUGCUUUGGCUUGCAGCGCAGACUAGCGAUUCUCCUUUUUUGACGUCUCCACCGUCUGCACGAGGUCGAGUUUGCCAGAAAUUGCUGGACAUAACGAUAGCACUCCUAAAGCCACUCAUACACGGUCCACCCGCUGGCGAUGUUGCAGCCACCAAUGGUAUGAGUUCCGUAAUCAACGGCGUCGCUUUAGGUGGCCUCGGCGUUGCAAUGACAGGCGGAGAUCAACUCACAGCAGAUGGCGGAGCUAUAGGACUACUCGACAAUGUUGCUACAUAUAUCCAUCUCGCAGUCAUCGUAUCAGCCUCCGAGUACAAGGCUGCCAGUAUGCGGUGGUGGAAUGCCGCCUGGACAUUAGCUCGUGAACUGAAGCUUGGGCGAGAACUACCAGGUGCAGUAGAAAGCGAUAACCCUCGCGGCGAUGACCUGAGUGCGGAUGGCAUUGCGGAUGGCACUUCUCCCGAGCAGGCAACGGUGAGAGCGAGCAUGAAAGAAAGCCUUGCAGCUAGUUUACCUGGCGUCCCGAAUGAAGAAGGGAGAGAAGAACGCCGUCGCGUAUGGUGGCUCCUCUACACUGUGGAUAGACACCUAGCACUCUGCUACAACAGACCAUUAUUCUUGCUAGACGUCGAGUGUGAGGGUCUCCUGCAGCCAUUGAACGACGGUGAUUUUCAAGCUGGCAACUUCUACAGUAGUGAUCCGACUCUCUCUCCAAGCUCGCAGCCUUACAGGACACGGGGCCCAAACUUUCUCUGCACUGGACACAGCAUCUUUGGUUACUUCACCCCUUUGAUGGCAAUACUCGGCUACAUCGUGGAGCUCAACCAAGCCCGCAACCAUCCAAGGUUUGGACAAAGCUCUCGCCACGUCGGCGAGUGGGACGACCGAGCUGCUGAGAUAACCUCGCAACUCGAGGCAUAUGGCCACAGUCUCAAAGAGUUUGAGGCCCGCCAUAUCGAUGAGUCGAACAUCCUUGACCGUGCCGGCGCUGACACGUGCGCCCCCAUCAAUUCCGUCCAUCCUGGCAACUCUCGAAUCACCGACGCCAUAAUUCAAACAAGAAUAGUCGUCGCGUACGGAAGUCAUAUAAUGCACGUUCUUCAUAUUCUCAUCACUGGCAAGUGGGACCCCAUCAACCUUCUGGAUGACAAGGACCUGUGGAUCUCCACACCAUCCUUCUCUAGCGCCAUCAUGCACGCUGUUGCGGCCGCCAAUGCUAUUAGCAAUGUCCUAGAGUAUGACCCAGAUCUAAGCUUUAUGCCUUGGUUCUUUGGCAUUUCUUUGUUGCAAGGUGGAUUCCUCCUGUUGCUGAUGGCAGAUAAAUUGGCUGGGCAGGCAGAUCCAAACGUCGUGAGGGCAUGCGAGAACAUUGUGAAGGCGCAUGAGGCCUGUAUCGUUACGCUCAAUACUGAGUAUCAAGUGAGUACUGCCAUUGACCUUGAAUUGCUUCAUCAAGCAUGA